ACAGACCAUAAGAAACUUUACGCCUAAACCACAACUCCAAACCACUUUCUGACUGGUGCUUUGAUUUUGAAAAUAGAAGACUGGAUUUAAAAUUGGUCGAGUGACGUUUAGAGGACUUUGAACUUAGGAUAUUUUUGAGGGAAAAAACCCCCCCAACUUUUUCAAUAAUAUGGGAAAAGAAAAUAUCAUCUUUUUGACUGUGUGGAUAUUUUUGGGAAAAAUCUUUGCAACUCUUUCUACAGACCCUGAACUCAGCACCACUGCUGUGUUUGUAAACAGCACAGUCACUGUUACUCCGCUGCCCACCACCACUGAAUGGAUCUCAGACUACACUGGCAUUGUGUCCAAGUUCUCCCUGCGCACUGCUGACAUCCCAGAUGAAGACAUGUGCUACAUUGUGGCCGGUCAGCCGGAAACCAUCGAAGAGUGUGAAUUCAACAACAAAACACAGACCUUCGUUGUGAUACAUGGCUGGACGGUCACAGGGAUGUUCGAGAGUUGGGUGCCCAAGCUGGUGUCUGCUCUUUACGACCGGGAGCCCACUGCCAACGUGAUCGUGGUGGACUGGCUGACCCGUGCCAACCAGCACUACCCCACCUCUGCAGCCUACACAAAACUGGUUGGCAGGGACGUUGCCAAGUUUGUGAGCUGGUUACAAAAAGAGCUGCAGCUGCCCUGGGAUAGGAUCCAUCUGCUGGGCUACAGUCUGGGAGCACAUGUGGCUGGAAUUGCCGGAGACCUCACUGACCAUAAAAUCAGCAGGAUUACAGGUCUGGAUCCAGCUGGUCCCACUUUUGAGAACGCAGACCCCCAGAACACCCUGUCCAGAGAUGAUGCCCAGUUUGUGGACGUCCUGCACACCAACACCAGGGGCUCUCCAGACCGCAGUAUUGGUAUCCAGAGACCUGUGGGCCACAUUGACAUUUACCCCAAUGGAGGAACUUUCCAGCCAGGCUGCGACAUCCAGAACACCCUGCUGGGGAUCGCAUCUGCAGGCUUAAAGGGCCUCCAAAAUAUGGACCAACUUGUCAAAUGUUCCCACGAGCGCUCCAUCCACUUGUUCAUCGACUCCCUGCUCAAUAGCCAGCAGCAGAGUAUGGCAUUCCGCUGCAACUCCAAAGAGGCCUUUAACAAGGGACUGUGUCUGAGCUGUAGGAAGAACCGCUGCAAUAAACUCGGCUACAACGUCAAAAAGAUCCGCACAGCCCGCAGCACCAGAAUGUUCCUCAAGACCCGGGAUAUGAUGCCUUACAAAGUUUUUCACUAUCAGGUAAAGGCACAUUUCUUCAGCAAGGACCCACUGAGCUUCACUGAGCAGCCGAUGAAGAUUUCUCUAUUUGGAACCCACGGAGAGAAGGAGGACAUUCCCUUUGUCUUACCUGUCCUGGACAGCAACACUACUUUGUCUUUCCUCAUCACCACUGAUGUGGACAUUGGGGACCUGCGGAUGGUGAAGCUGCGCUGGGAGAAGGAUACAAUCAUAAGCUGGAAGGAAUUUUGGAGCAGCAGCCAGUUCCACCUCCGCAAACUGCGUAUCAAGUCUGGAGAGCUCCAGUCCAAGGUGAUCUUCAGUGCAAAGGAGGGAGAGUUUACUUACCUGGUCAGAGGAGGAGAAGAUGCAGUCUUCGUCAUGGCAAAGGAAGACAACAUGAGCCGUAAAGAGAAACUGAUGCACAAACUGAAAAUGGAUGGCAGUUCUUUUGGGAAGAAUGAUGCUUGAAGUUGCACUGACCCACCCAUCCCCUCGUUGUGCACAACAUCCUCCCCUACAUUCAUAGCCAAAGAUAGAGAUCACACAGAGACACUGGGAAAGCUUUUGCGAGCAACUGAACUUUUACUGAAUGCUUCUGAUUUUCUUCCUGCUGUGCCUUGUGACUUCAGCUCUCAGUGCUUCCAACACAACCUCAUCCACAGAGCUGGAAAUCAGUUGGCUCAGCAGCUCUCUCCUGUCUCGCUGCAAUCUGUGCUGCUGAAAUAUGUUACAGUUGUUCUUUGUUUUUUGAGCUACAUGUGACAAACUUCAGGUAGCUUUCCCUGCAUAUCUUAUAAAUCAUAUGUGUGUAAACCUUUCAGCCUAUAUGUACUGUUGAUAGUGAUUUUGGUGUAUUUUGAAGUGGUGUGUUGUUUGCCAAUGUGAACUUGGAUUGUUGUUCUUGUAUAAAUGAUUCAGAGUGAAAGGCACAAUGUAGGCACAUCGUAUGUUCAUUUUCUUAUCUUUUAAAUGUACACAACGAUCAUUCAAAACUAGUGUUUCUCUGUACUUAACCACUAAUUUUCAGCAAUCAACAGAGACCAAAGAAGUAUUUACCAUAUACUGAACCUAGAAUAACAGCAGUCUUUGUAAAUAUCUGUUUCAAUCAGUAUUAUAUGUGUUUUUGAAUAUGAGUUAUGUGUUAAUGUCUGAUUCCUUGAAGCCUUGCUUGCUCUUUGAUUGUGUUUUGGUUAUUGUGUCACUGGUCACUUUAGAGGCUUAUUUGUCCCCCGUAGACAUUCAGAUGUUGAAAAGAUCAUUAAGAUUGGACAUAUGUUGACAUAUGUUGUAGUUUUUGCCAUUGUUUUUUAACAAGACCCUACUGAAGUCACUUUUUGAUUUCCAGCAUUUCUUUGGUGCUUCUUUUACUUCAAAACUGGGUCAGAAUUGUCCCACUUCCAGCAGUUUACCUUGUUGGCUCGGUCAACAACAUGCUCUUAUAUUGAAAGGUCAAACAUGCAAAUAACUUAGGGUAAACAUGCCGGUGAUUCCUGUUGAACUGGCCUACAUAAUAGCCAUAAUACAUCUCAAGAAUACUUCAUACUGUAUUUAUUGAAUGUACAUUUAUAUAUUUGUAUAUUAAGCUGUAAUAUAUUUUUUCUGCAGGCUUCUAUUGUCAUCUGUAUUUUAUAAAUGAUGCAUUUUGUAAUUUUAUGCACACGCCUUGGAAGGAUCAAUCAAAUUGGUCUCCUUGAUAGCUGUUCAGUGCAUUAACUUUUGUUAACUGAGAUGCAGUGCACUGUAUAAAUGAAGUGCCCAGGAUGGUUUAAUAAAGAGAUAACUCAUAUAUUUCUAUAA